AAGACCUAAGAUAUGAGUUCGACCCCAUGUCUUUAUAUUUUAUCCAAUGGACAAAUAGUAAAAAUGGUGUUACUCAGAAGUCGACAAGGGGUACUGAAACCUGCAGCCAAACAGUAUAAAAUGUUGUAAAAAUGUUCGAAAUAUGAGUUUCCAUAAUUGCCCUUGCCAGAUAGCCGAAUGACUUUUCUCCUUUGUACUCUGUCCCUUCCUCACCUGAUCCGCCGUUGACGACACGUCUCAAAGGUUCUGCAUCUCCGAAUUGAUUAGCUGAUUGGAAUCAGCCGAUCCGACGAACGUUAUUUUGCUAACCAGAGAAGAAAAGUAAGAGAAAAAGGGGAAGAAUUGAAGGAGAAGAAGGGAUGAGGUCUUCGACGGAGAGGAUAAACAUAGCGACGAGUGCGCAAAGACUCGAUGUUGAUAAUCGGAUCUCCCUUCGGUAUUACUACCGGAUCGCCGACAAUAUUCUCAAACAGGCUGACAUCUUUCGAGCUGAGAAGAAUAUUAUAGAUCUAUACAUCAUGCUUCUAAGGUUUUCAAGUUUGAUUUCUGAAACAAUACCAUGCCAUCGAGAUUAUGGAGUGUCUCUACAAAACCAAAAGUUCUACUUGAAAAAGAGACUACUGAAUGCCUUGAAUGAGCUAGAAGAUUUGAAGCCAGCAGUGCAACAAAAGAUUGGUGAAUUAAAUAGAAGAUAUACUUAUCAAAGUAAUUCAUUACAGCAACCUGCUAUGAAAAACCAAAGUUUCACUUAUUAUGGUGUGACAAAGUCAGUUAGACCAGCUGCACGAGAAUCUGGUAAUUAUGGCUCAAGACCUCAGCAAUUUUCAUAUUACAAACCAGUGGAGGAGCAAUUCAGGGGAAUGUCAUUAAAUCUGCUGUGUCCAAAGGAGGAAACCCUCUCCAAACAUUCUAUUUUGGGUCCUAAUGGGCUUUUUGGGCAGUGGCAGCCACCUAGGACUGAUAAAAGGGUACAAUAUCCAAGUGACAUUGACAUGACUCCAGUUGAAUUCCCAAGUUUGCCGCAGCCUAGAGAAAAUGGACUUCCAGGGAAGAAUAAUAAUAGCAACUCAGAACCUGAAGCAUCAAGCAUGGAAUCAACUCUUACUGUUGAUAAUUGUGAGAAUAGUCAAAAGUGUCCCGUGAAUGAACCUUGUGCGAUGAUUUCUUUUGAAGAAUCAGAAACCACCCCUGUUCAUAUAAAUAUUACCAGACAGCCAUCUCCUCCACCUGUACUUGCAGAAGUACAGGAUUUGAUUCAUGCUAUAUCUCCCCAGGUCACUGAGACAGAUUGUAGAAUAGAGAAUCCCUCUGCAGAUGGUCUUGUUCAUUCUGAAUCUCCUCUACAGUUGCACAUUGCAACAGCAAUGAUGGAAAGCUUCAUGAAGCUGGCUAAAUCAAAUACUGAUAAGAAUUUAGAAACUUGUGGUGUCCUGGCAGGUUCGCUUAAAAAUAGAAAGUUCUAUGUUACAGCUCUUAUUAUCCCAAAGCAGGAGUCAACAUCCGACUCGUGCCAAACGACAAAUGAGGAGGAAAUAUUUGAAGUACAGGAUAAGAAAUCUCUCUUCCCCCUGGGGUGGAUUCAUACGCAUCCUACGCAAUCAUGUUUCAUGUCAUCAAUUGAUCUUCAUACUCACUACUCAUAUCAGAUUAUGUUGCCAGAAGCCGUUGCAAUAGUAAUGGCGCCAAGAGAUACUUCCAGAAAACAUGGCAUUUUUCGAUUGACAACUCCCGGUGGCAUGUCUGUCAUCAGACAGUGCCAGCAACGGGGCUUUCAUCCUCACGAUCAACCUCCUGAUGGGGGCCCCAUUUACAAUUCCUGUACAGAUGUGUAUAUGAAUCCCAAUCUGAACUUUGAUGUCAUCGAUCUUCGAUGAUCACAAUCAUAGCAUCUAGAUGAACAUGUUUUGCUAAUGCAAUGCUUGAUUUUACCAUGCGCAUAUUGUUAACCAAAUUUGCAAUUAGAGUUGCACCAAGUAUAAAAGAUUCCUGCUUGUAUAAGGGGAAAGGGACUAUUGAAAAACAGACUGUAUGCUAAUACUAUUUGUAUGUUUAGGAAUUAUGGAACUAGAAACUUGAAUUUGAAAAAAAGAAAAAAAUAUCAGGAGGCUUUGGAUUCUAUUCUUUACGUAUUGAACAA